UAUCCCUCAGAGAAAUACUGCCCAUUCAACACAAACAGUUUUGUCAUCAGUUCAAUGGGGGUCUUUGACCUGCCAUCACAUCAGCCACAGCACAGAGUGCACCAGAGACCAGACGAGACAACAACAACAGCUUUCCCUCCUCUACAAAAACCAAUUUACUCUCCAGCAGACAGAGCAUUUAUCAUGGAGGAGCCAGAUGACCCGUAUUACGUCACCAUGUACUACCCGGGGUCAGUGUACGUAGACAUGUCAGACAUAGUUCCUCCAGAAGUGAGACCCAAACCAGUCGUCCCUGCCAAGCCCCCUAAUGUGGGGGCUCCAUCACCCUCCAACCCCUUCCCACCCCAGGGCCCCGGCAUUGGGGGAGGAGGUGGCGUUUCAGUUCCUCCAAGUGCCAUUCCAGUCCCCAUCGGGAGUCACGGUCACAGUGUGGGUCAUAAUGUCGGUCAUGGUGUGGGCCACGGUGCGGGCCACGUUGGAGGUCACACUGCUGCGCACAAUGGAGGUCAUGGUCAUGGAGGCUCCAACAGCUCCAGCGGUGGAUCCACUUUGCUGGGGUACAUUGGUAUCGACACUAUCAUUGAGCAGAUGAGGAAGAAAACCAUGAAGACGGGCUUUGACUUUAAUAUCAUGGUUGUUGGUCACAGCGGUCUCGGAAAGUCAACUCUGGUGAACACCCUAUUCAAGUCCCAGGUGAGCAGGAGGAGCGCAGGAUGGGCCCGUGAUGAGAAGAUCCCCAAAACUGUAGACAUCAAAGCGGUGUCUCAUGUCCUUGAGGAGGGUGGGGUGAAGAUGAAGCUGACAGUCGUUGACACGCCAGGCUUUGGAGACCUAAUUAAUAACGACAACUGCUGGGACCCCAUUUCCAAGUACAUCAAUGAGCAGUAUGAGAAGUUCCUAAAGGAGGAGGUCAACAUCACUAGAAAGAAGCGCAUCCCUGACACCAGGGUGCACUGCUGUCUAUAUUUUAUCACCCCAACUGGACACUCUCUUCGACCACUAGACAUCGAGUUCAUGAAGCGCUUGAGUCACUCGGUCAACAUUAUUCCUGUCAUUGCAAAGGCAGACACAAUGACCAUUGAGGAGAGACAGGAUUUCAAACAACGGGUAAGGAAGGAGCUGGAGAUGGGCGGGAUUGAGUUUUACCCACAGAAAGAGUUUGAUGAGGACAUGGAGGACAAGAGCGACAAUGACAAGAUCAGAGAGGCGAUGCCCUUUGCUGUUGUGGGUAGCGACAAAGAAUAUCAAGUAAAUGGCAAACGAGUUCUGGGGAGGAAGACAGCGUGGGGCAUCAUAGAAGUUGAAAACCCCAACCAUUGUGAGUUUGCUCAGCUGAGAGAUUUCCUGAUCAGGUCUCACCUCCAGGAUUUAAAGGAGGUCACUCACAACAUUCACUAUGAAACUUAUCGUGCCAAGAGACUGAACGAGAAUGGGGGUCUCCACCCCAUAUCCUCCAAUGACACCCAAGAAAGCAACCUGUAGUCAGUUCAGUCCGAGUGAGAAUACAAACAAAACAGUGCAAUGAAGCUGAUGGAUUAAUCUAUGAAAUAUUAUUAUCAUUGUCACCACGGGGUUGUUGCAUGCUUGGAAAAUAAUUUAAUAUUCUACAUAUUCUUUCCCACAAACACAUAUCAAACCCCUCUGGAUUCAUUUUAAAGCCAUUCCUAUGAAUAUUUGGAUGAAAGGGAAGUCACUAACAGAUAACUUAUAAAAUUAACAAUUUAUCAACUGCCAAUGCCUUGUAAUUUAUCCUGAAACGGGUAGUGUAAGAUUAGAAAGUGCCACAUUAUUAUGUGUUUAAGAGGCUUUUUGUGAUGUGUUGCAACUGAUGUCUGAAUUCAGACAAAUGAAAGAAUUUGCUCAAAAUAAUGAAAUCAUAAUUUCUGCACAGUAGUGAUGCACGAGACAGCUCUGCAGUUAAAUCUGUACAAAUUGCUUUCUUACAAUUCUCAGCAGCAACUAUUCAUUUGAAGAAAGAAUCCCUGUGGCUUUCCUGUCAGAGGGGGCUUAACAAACAGUACACGCUGUGCUGUCUUCUUUAAUACCCACCCUCACAAAGAAGACAAAUGAAAUUACUCCAAUGUUCCCUUGUGCUAUUUAUGUUUGAUUUUCCAUUUUUCCACGUGCUUGCAUAAACCUGCAUACUAUAAUGAGAGAAAACAUCAGUCACAUAUGAAAUGCAAUUCUGUGGGCAGCAGUGUGUUAGUAAUUGUGUGUAAUUAAAUAGCCCACAAGGUGCAUGACUGUACAUACUGCAGAUUCUGUAACUACAUGGUUCACCAUAAUAGUGCACACAAACUGAAAACUGUAUGACGAUACAGCUCCGCAUGCUUUGCUACACCACAGUGGGUAUAGAGGAAAGAAAUGUGCUCCGGUGCAUUUCUGCUUACUUGCAUUAGUUGUUUAGGCUCUUGCAAAGUAUGAAACACAUCAUUGGUUUUAAUAAAUAUUCCUCUUUUUUCUGGAUUCAGAUUGACUUUGUAAACUUUAUUGACAGCUAAAUGGACAACGUGCACCCAAUUUUAUUUCUUUAUUUCUUUCAAGAAAAAAACACUACUGUUGCUCAUGUUUUUUGUAAGGCUCUGUAAAUGUAAUGCAUUUUCCACCUCAUUAUACCCACUGGUCUUUCAUAAAAAGAUUUUUUUCUGACACAAAAGAAAUAGAACCAAUGGUGUACUUAGUAUACCGGAUGAUAGGUGAACAGAAAAUUUAUUUUUUUAAUUUUAAUUUUCUGUUUGAUGUCUUUUGCAUAGUUUUUUGCGAACAUAUGGAACUUUGAUGCGGUGACCAAUAUUUGUGUUAAAGGUGGAGUCAGCGAUCCUGGACAAAUAUUGUUAAUAUUUGGA